CUAUGUGUGUCGUUUUCGUUGACAGUCAACACGUCAACCGCACUAAAAUUUAGAACCACGCUCGCGCCUUCCCCAAGUGGUUUGAGAGUUUCAGCAUGUCAUCACCUUUGAAUUUAUCUCAGUGUAGCUGUUGUUACUUCUAGGCAUUCGCGAGGAACACCGCGAGGAAUGUCUUUUGCGGCCAGCAGCGUGGGCAAUGUCUCCGACAGCAGCCUCCCCUCGACUGAGGCGGCCUCCUCACCCCUGCCGCCGCCGUCGUCGCUGUACGACACGGGUCGCCGUACCUCUGGCGGCGCGCAGAGCGGAACCGUGGGAGGAGCAGGAGGAGGUGGAGGCGGAGGAGGCGGUGGGCUGCCGCGUGUGCGGUCACAUGCAUUGUUUUUGGAUGCGGAGGAGUCGGAGGCGCUGGUGGCGGAGGGGCUGAUCGUGCCGCAACAGAUAAGCCUGCUGGAGGGCAGUCCCGACCUGGCCUACGACAUGGGCGCCCACUCCAUGCAGGGCGCCAGCUCCAAGAUGGAGGACCGGGUUCUGCUGGUGGACCUCAGCUCCCACCCGCACUUCGCGGCGGCGCGGCGGGCGGCGCUGGUGGCGGUGCUGGACGGACACGCGGGCAGCGGCGCCGUAAGCCACCUGGAGGCCCACCUGACCCGGCACCUGCUGGAGGUGGUGGCGGCACAGAUUGGCUGCGACCCCGUGCCCCUGCCGCCGCCGCCGCACCACCACCACCACCAACAACAACAACAACAACAACAACAACAACACCCGCAACAGCUGCAGCAGCAACAGCAGCAGCAGCAACAGCCACGGCAGCCGCAAGCGGGGCUGGCAGCAGCAGCAGGAGGAGCGGAGCCCGCUGUCUCACCAGCUGCACCCGGGGCCGGGGCUGAAGCCGGGGCCGGGAUAGGGACCCGGGUUGGGGCCGGUUCUGGCGUUGCGACACCCGUGGCCCCGGGCUCGCUGGCAGCGGCUGUAGCAGGGCUGUCGUCGACUCCCAGUGCCGCGGCGGCAGCGGCGGCGGCUGUAGCAGGAUGUCCGGCUGGGCCGCAGGAGGCGGCGGUGGCGGCGGCUGUGGCGUCGUCGUCGGCUGCACCCCUGUCAUCCUCAGCCCCGCAGUUGCGCCGCGGCGGCGGCGUGGGCGUGGCCGGCGGCGGCGCCGAGGCGGCGGCAGCGGCGGCGGCGGGUGCGGCAGCGGCAGCCCGAGGGACGACGUCGGAUGGGGCGGAGGCGGCCUCCGCACCUGCGGCGGCAGCCGGCGUGCUUGUAGCCGCCUCGCAGCUGCUGCUUGACGACAGCGCCAGCAGCAUAAGCGCGAUCUCGGCGGACGUCUACACAGCUGGCCGGGUUCCCAGCGAGUCUGUCCUGCAGCAGGCUCGGCAGCAGCAGCAGCAGCAGCAGCAGCAGCAGCAGCAGCAGCAGCAGCAGCCGGCGCGCCCCGGCGCGGGCUGGGACUCAGCCGCCGUGUUUGAGUACGGCUACGCAACCGCGGCGCGACAACUGGCGGCGGCGGCGGCGGCCGCCGCCAGCAACGAACACGGCACCAUCCGUCGCAACGCUAUCAACAGCUCGGACAGUUCCGAAGACGCACACGGACACGACUGCACUAGCACCCACGGCGACGGCGAAGAAGGCGGCGAUGAAAGCGGCGGGGAGUUGUUGAGCGAGGACCCGGAUUGGGGUCUGCCUCAGCACUCGGCGGCGGUGGCGCGGCGGCGGGCCUCGCUGGCGGCCUACGGCGCGGCGGGCGUGGGCGCGGGGCCGCCGGACCCGCCGGCGGCGCUGCGGGCGGCGCUGAUGCGGUGUGAGCAGGAGCUGAUGGAGCGGGACUGCUCCAGCGGCAGUACGGCGCUGGUGGCUCUGAUGCUGGGCGGCUCGUUGUGGCUGGCCAAUGUGGGGGACUGCCGGGCAGUGGUGUGCGACGACGGCGAGGCCAGGCAACUCACGGUCGACCACAAGGCAGGCGGCGGCGGGACAGACGCCAGGGGGGCGGGGGCGGCCGCGGCGGCUGCAGGUGCAGGUGGUGGUGGUGACGGUGGCGGCGGUGGCGGUGACGGGCUGACGCCCAGCGGCGCGUCGCUGUCGGAGCGGCGGCGGCUGGAGUCCCUGGGUGUACAGCUCAGCUCGGAUGGAUACCUGCAGAUGACGGCUCCCGAUGGCUCCUGCUCCGACAUCGCCGUCAGCCGCAACCUGGGCUGCGCGCACCUCAAGAAGGCCGCCACACCCACCGCAGCCGCAGCCGCCGCCAGCUGCCGCCGCGCCGCCCUGCAGUACUUCCCCGCGCACUACAGCCACCACGGCCACAGCUACAGCCACGGCUCUGGGUCCGGGCACGGCGCCGGCGGCGUGGCUGUAGCAGGCGGGGUUUUCGUUGGAUCGCGUGGGGGUUCCACGCACCACCACGCCUCGCGCGGCCACCACGCCCACCUGGGUGUGCACCACAGCCACCACGGCAGCCACGGCAGUAGCAGUGGGCACGGCAGUAGCAGCAGCGCCGUCGGCGCGGGUGCGGCUGUAGCAGCUGCGGCGGGCGCCGGCGCCGGCGGCCGGCCGCACCUAACCUCGGCACCCGUGUCGGUGGCACAAGGUAUGGAUGGCAUGACGUCGCCGGCUGUAGCAGGGGGGGCGGCGGCAGUAGCAGCAGCCGGGACUGGCAGCGCGCCCUACCUGCGUGGCAGCGGCAGUAGCGCCUCCUUCUCCGGCCCCUGCAGCGCCUCCGCCGCCGGACCCACGCCCACCGCCAGCUCGCUGCUACAGCCGCUGCUACAGCCGCACUCACAAUCGCAGCUACAGCCGUUGACGGUGCGGUUCGGCUCGCCGAGCGACCCCACGGGGUUUGCACGCCACGCGGCCAGCCCGGGGCUUGCUACAGCCUCGGCCGCAGCCGCCGCCGCAGCAGCACUGCCUGGCAGUAGCAACGGCGGCAGCCCUACCCACAGCGGCCACACGCUGGCCACUCAGCUCCAACACAAUCACCACCCCCGCGUCCACCCCCAACAGCACCCCUCGUACGGGCACUCCCCACACAGCCACCUCACGCCCGGAGCCACCCAGGCACUGCACCAACACUAUUUCCCCCUGCACCCACACCCCAACCCGUACCCGCACGGCCCGCACCCGCACCCGCACGGCCCCCACCCGCACCUCCACCUCCACAGCUACAGCCACAGCCACCACAACCCGCCCCACCGGCCGCAGCUUGACCUCGUGCGUGAGGACCCCAGCCAGCCCCCCGCCGGCACCUCGCCGCCAGCCCGCUCCUCCACCGGCGGUCUGCCGCAGCCGUCCCCGCCCGCGACCACGCCCUUGGGGCAGGCGGCUGGCGGCAGCGGCGCUGCCCACGGCAGCCAACAGCCGCAGCUGCCUCGGUCGCAGCCGCAGCAGCCGCCGACGCAGCCACAAGUGGAGGAGGGGUCUGGACAAGGCGGGAUUGUGUUAGUGUCGAGCAGUCCGCCGCGUGACCCGCGCCUCACACACAUGAAGGCACCCGGGGGCCAGGUGGAGCUGCAGCAGCAGCCGGAUCAGCAGCCGCAACAGCAGCAGCAAUCGCGGCAGCAGCAGCAGCAGAAUGGGUUGGACGUCCCGCCGCCGCCCGCGCACCUGGCCCGGAUCGCCACUAGUCCCGGUGCCGGAGGGACGCAGCGCAGCAACAGCAGGGGAAGCGAUGGCUUUGGCGGCGCCGACCCAAUAGCAGGCUCGGCCGCCGCACCGGCGGCUGAUGCUGCUGCGUCGGCUGCGGCGGCGGCGGCGGUGGGUGCAGCACAUGCGCCGCCGGGCGACCUGCCCUCUCGCGCCUCCGCGCCAGCAGCGGCGGCGGUGGUGGCGGCCCACACACUGGGGCUGAGUCCGCGGCCGCCGCGCCCGCCAUCCAGUGGUGGCGGCGCCGCCGUAGCGGGCGCCAUGGGCGCCGCUGCUGCCACUGGGGUAAGCCAAGCUAGCCCCCGGCCGCCGCCGUCGCCGGCUGCUGCUGCUGCUGUGGCGGCGGCGUCGCCAUGGGCGGCGGAGCGGCCGCAUGCGGCCGGCGGCCACGGGAUAGGACCGGCGAGCAGUAUGGGCGGCGGCGCAGGGUCAGGAGCAGGAGCGUCCCUGGGCCUGCCGCCGCUGCCACCCAGCCCCUCGCUACCGGGGCCAGGAGCAGCAAUGAUGGCGGCGGCUUCCUCGUCUCCUGGGGUGAUGCAGGGCGGUGUGUUUUACCACCACGGCCGCAGCGGCGGCAGCGGCGGCGGCGGCGGCACGGCGGCGGGAGGCGGCCGUGUGCGCGAGCGGAGCCCCACCUCGCCGUUCCCACGCACCAGCGCCGGCGCCAUCACGCUACCGCCUCUAGAAGAAGGCAGUAGCAGCGCCGAGGUUGGCUGGUCGGACGGCGGCGCGACGGCUGUAGCCGCUUUCACUGUGAUGGCGUCGCGGCUGCAGCGGGACAGCAGCGGCGGCGGCGGCGGAAGUGGUAGCGCCGGACAUGCAGGUGCUACUGCCGCUGACUCGGCGGACGGCACAGGGGCAACAGCGGCCGCGCACGCCAACGGCCCCAGCGCCAGCAACAGCCGUAGGAGUGCCGGUCCUGAUGGCGGCGGGGAAGGAGGCGACGGCAAGGCCGCCCAGCAGGGCACCAGCGGCAGCAGCAGUGCGGCACUGGAGUUGCUCCAUGCAGAGAGCUUCAACACGUGGACCCUGGCGUCCGUACUCGCGGAUCCGGCGGCGGCGCCGACGGCGUCUGGCGGCGGUGCGCCGUCGCCAUCGCCGCCGCCACCAGCAGCGGCAGCGGAACAAACUGGCAAUGCAGCGCUUGCCGCCGCGGGGAUGGCGCUGGCUUCGGCAUUUCCGGCCUCUUCGGCUGUGGAGGCGGCGGCGCCGGCGCCGGCGUCAGGCAGUCGGGGCCGGCCACUGCUGCAGCUGCCGGGUGAAGGCGGGCGGGACGGGGCUGGCGCUGGCGCUGGCGGCGGCGCUGGUGAUGGCAGCGGUCCGGGCACGUUGGGGUGUGAUGGCGCAGGGGCGCUCAUUCCUGAUCCGGACCUGUUCCACUACCAGAUCAGCACCGACAGCGAGUUCCUCAUCUGCGCCUGCGACGGCGUGUGGGAUGUCAUGCGCAACGGCGAGGCCUGCCGCAUGGUUCGGCGCUGGCUGGCGGACGGCCGCAGCGCCGCCGCCGCCGCCGAGGCGCUAUGCACCUCGGCCCUCAAGCUGGGCAGCGGCGACAACCUGUCGGCUGUGGUGCUGCGCUUCAGCAGCCGCCCGCUCGCCACCGCGCCCAGCCGAUCAAUGCUGCGGCGGGUGGCGUCGGAGUUCAUGAGCUGAUGACCUCGUGAUGUGGGUUUUACGGGGGGCGGCUUAUGUAAGCUAGUUGGGGUUGGGUGGGUCGGUUCAACUUGGCGGUGCGCAGCAGAGGAGGGAAUGUGUAAGUUAGGGUUGGUGUAAAUGAGGUUGAGGCAAUGUGGGGAGCGGAGUAGGGCAAGGCCUGCAGGGGGCCUGUGUGUACGAGAGGUCAUGAACCCCGCUGUGUGUGUGUGUGUGUGUGUGUGUGUGUGUGUGUGUGUGUGUGUGUGUGUGUGUGUGUGUGUGUGUGUGUGUGUGUGUGUGUGUGUGUGUGUGUGUGUGUGUGUGUGUGUGUGUGUGUGUGUGUGUGUGUGUGUGUGUGUGUGUGUGUGUGUGUGUGCGUGUGUGUGAGAGAGUGUGUUUCAUGAGCUGACUGGAGUUUUGGUGUGGUGGCAUACGACCGGUCGAAAUGUACGGGUGUACAACUAUAUAUGCAGUAAUCAAGACGGAUCGCCUUCCAUAGGAGGCAAUACCUGUGAACGAGGUAGUAAGGGCCAAUGGCGCAUUAGGUCGGGGCCAUGGCUCCACGCCCACACACCCGUUUGCGUGUAGGUUGGGAGCUUGUAGACGGAACAUUUCGUUUUAUCUUGCGUUGGCACACCGACGGGUCUUUGUUGUUACCGUUAAUUGCGCGCCGGCUGCGUACGGCGAGCGGCAUGUUGUUUGCAUGCGGGCAUGGUUGCAUUCCUGCAUGCGAGCUGUUGCAUGCAUGCCAACGGACUGCUUGCUUGCGUGUAUGCAUGCGUGUUUGUGUGUGGCGUGUGCACCAAGUCCGUCAAGUCCGUCGUGCGGCGUUUGCGUUGAGGCGUGAGUCAGCUACGGCAUUGAAGGUGCACACAUUGUGGUGUGGAGAGGUCAGACGUAUCAAUCAUCGUCCGGCGGGGGUUUUGGGUACCGUGGACCGGACGUCCGGACCUGACAAGGAAGGUGGCUCUCCCUCUCAAAGGGAAGAACGGAGUCAAGCAGAGCAAACAAGAGGACAACGAUAUCGACGGAGCAAGCCCAGAAACAGUUGCCUGGAUCUGCCGUACGGUCGCCUGCUCCCGCACUGCUCCGGGUCCUCCCAACAUAUUUUCGCUAGACCUGCUUGACCAACGUUGAGGCAUGGACUCUGCCUUGCUAGUUCUGCAGGCGCGCACGUCAGGGGUCAGCAAGCAGCACGCACCGUUUCCAAUCUUGCACCCUAGGACACUUGUUUCUUGAAUGUACUCUUUUUCGAAUGCGCCCUGGCAGCAGGCAGCGGGGCCAUGCGCAGGCUGCAAGGGACGCCAAUGACACCCGAGCAGUUGGCCCGCUUCAGGAAGAGUGGGAGGGGAGUCACCUGGGGGAGUCACCGGGACUGGCCCAAGGCCAUUAUCGAGGGCUGCAC